CAUAUAUUUUCCAAAAAAAAAAAAACUGAAUUUGACCAGCUCAUCUUAAAAAGCCAAAAACAGUGACACACCGCCGGUCUAAGCCUCCGUUUCUGUGAUCGGUUCUUUUCCAAUUCAUUCGGCAAGAAAUUGAAAGGCGUGUUUCUUUCUUCUCUACCCUUUCUUAAUUCAACACCAAACCCACACUUAAAUCCCAGUUUUGGUUUCAUCGAUUACGAGCUCCCCCAAAAAAAUUGAUCCUUUUAGGGCACACUUGUUGUUGUGGGCCUUCUUCUUCGACCAUUGACUUCUCUCUCUUUUCAUGGAAUCUUCUAUGCCCUUCGGUACGCCACUCGUUUGGAAUCUCAGUUUCAGCAGGGGAUGUUAGAGAAAGUUUAAGAUUUUGAGUGGUAGAAGUUUGUUUGAAUUUGGUAAUGGCUCGAAAAGGAAGUCAUCAGAAGAAUGGAAUGGAUAACCAAACGAAGCAAAGAAAGAAAGCUUCUGAUUCUAUGCUGUCUACAAAGGGACAAGGGAAAACUAGUGAAGCUGAGAGUGUUCUGAAAGAGAAUUGCCAGGAUGAUAAGCAGUCAAGAGGUAGUCCAGUUUCUGAAACUUUGGAAAGAAAUGUGGAUGCUGUAGAAGCCGCUAAGGAUAUAGAUCAGCCUGUUGCUUCGGAGAACGAUGAAUCAGGGUUUACCACUGAUGAAACUAGAUAUAUUCCUUUUGGUCGUGAACACAUCGAGAAUGUUGUGAGAAGCUUGCUAGAUAUAUUGAGCACGAACAGCCCGUCAGAGAAUAUUGAGCUAGCGUACAAUGCAGUACUCAGGAAACUGAGGAUAUCUGCUGCUACUAUAUCAAGGGAAAUGACUAAGUGUAUGGAAAGACACAGGCCUUUGAUUGAUUCUGCCAAAUCAAGAGUUUAUAAAGCCCGUGAUCUUGUUCUAACAAAAAUGCGGCAAGUAUUCCCGGUUGUUUUCAGAUGGCUUAUGCAUUUUGGCAGCAUAGUUCUUCUUCUGUCUCUGGUUUGGUUGGACUGUGCAAUCCGGGGUUUUGAUUCUUUCAUUCGGAUGGGAACAGCAUCCUUUUUCUCUAUCUUGUGGUGUGGUCUCUUUUCAGCGUUUUCAAUGAUCGGCAUGACCAAAUUUAUACUGAUCUCAGUUGCAACUGUUCUCGUGUCGUUGUUCAUUGGCUUCGUUGUUGGGUCUGUUACCCUUGCCAUUUCUGGUUUGAUUUUGCUAUGGCUCUAUGGUAGCUUUUGGACAACACUGCUCUUUCUUUUCUUCGGAGGUCUGGCAUUCAUGAUGAAGCACGAGCGCAUUGCACUGUUUAUCAUCACAGUGUAUUCAGUCUAUAGUGCAAAGAGUUAUGUUGGGUGGCUAGGUCUUCUUUUGGCUUUUAAUCUUGCUUUCAUCUCAACCGAUGCUCUCAUAUAUUUCUUCAAGAAUAAAGUAAAUCAGCAGAGCACUGCUGGUGGACCAUCUGAAGAUGAAGUUUCUCGGUUGCUGAAUUGUGCGGACCACUACUCAGCUUUGGGCUUAGCUCGAUAUGGUAAUGUUGACAUGGCGUAUGUCAAACGAGAAUAUAGGAAAAAGGCGAUGCUGGUCCAUCCUGAUAAAAAUAUGGGGAAUGAGAGAGCAGCUGAAGCUUUUAAGAAACUUCAGAAUGCAUAUGAGGUAUUACUUGAUUCUGUAAAGCAAAAAUCGUAUGAUGAUGAACUGAAGAAGGAAGAACUAAUGAACUACUUUCGAAGGUUUCAGAAUUCUUCUCAAAAGGAGACUCGAGGACACGGUUUCUCUGGCUCGGGUUUUGGAAGCUCAGAAGGUGAAGGAGAGGAAGCAUUUAGAGAGUGUAGACAAAUAGCAUGUAAAAAAUGUGGCAAUCUCCAUGCCUGGUAUCUUACAAAAAAAUCAAAAUCUACAGCAAGAUGGUGCCAGGAUUGCAAGGAAUUCCAUCAAGCAAAAGAUGGAGAUGGUUGGGUUGAACAAUCUUCUCAGCAUGUCUUGUUCGGGCUGUUUCAAAAGGUUGAUAUGCCGCGUGCUUACGUUUGUGCAGACAGCAAAAUAUAUGAAGCUUCUCAGUGGUAUAUUUGUCAGGGAAUGAGAUGUCCAGCAAACACCCACAAGCCGAGCUUCCAUGUGAACAUGAACGCAACAGCGUCAAAACGAGGAACAAGUGGUUCGUCAGGGCAAAGAGGAAACCAAAGAAUGCCAAACACAAACCCGGAUGAAACAAUGACAGAGGAUGAGUUCUACGAGUGGUUGCAGAACGCCGUGCAAGCUGGUAUGUUUGAUAAUGCAAGCGAAAGCCCGUCUUCAGCAACUGCCAGUAGCACUAGUAGUAGUAGCAGCAAGAAAAAGAAAAAGGGAAAGAAGCAAUGGUGAGAAAGGCAGAGCCAAUGUUCGACUAUAUUAACAUGGUGAAAAGUUUUGUACCUUUUCGUUUCAAGAUAUUAAACUUGACUUUAUUAUGAUAACUUUUAUUCAUACAGAGCAAAAAGCUCUCGAAAGGAAGCCUGUUUGGUAGAUUUCAAUUA